ACUUGAAAGACUCUUUUCCCUUCUCCAGUAUUAUGCACAAGUUUAUGAAGGUUGAUGACAGACAAACGGCUUCUCAGAGCCAGAGGAGUCAAUCAAAUGGUGGUUUCUCUUAUGGUUCUACAGUAUCUGGUAAACCUAAUGAACCUCAAGGGUUGUGUAAACCAGCAGUGGCUUCUCAACACACUCUAUUUAAGAACAACAUUACCAAUUCCCAUAAAAAGGUUGAUCAAGGUUCUGUUGUGCAUAUCAAAUGUGACGAUGACGUUGCUGAACCAGAAACACCGGGAACAAAACGUCUGGUUCCCCGUAUGAAACGAAUUCUGGAGGAUGUUCCCAAGUUUGGGGAUAAGCUUGAGAGUUCAUUGCUGAAUUCUAGCAAAAGAGUGAAACUUCUUCAGGAGCCAAUAACCUCAGACAAGAGUCAUGGGGAAGUAUCUGAUAUGGCUAGCAAGUUUGAGUGGCUUGACCGAUCCCGAAUCAGGGAUGCAAAUAGAAGAAGGCCUGAUGAUCCUCUCUAUGACCAAACAACGCUCUAUAUACCACCUGAUGCUUUGAAGAAAAUGUCAGCAUCACAGAGACAAUAUUGGGAUGUCAAGUGUCAAUAUAUGGAUGUUGUGCUUUUCUUCAAAGUGGGAAAAUUUUAUGAGCUUUAUGAACUAGAUGCUGAAACUGGCCAUAAGGAGCUUGAUUGGAAAAUGACCUUAAGUGGUGUGGGGAAAUGUCGGCAGGUGACUAGAAACACUAAAUUCUAUAAAGUUGGGCGGAUAGAGCAGCUGGAGACUUCUGAUCAAGCAAAAGCCAGGGGUGCAAAGUCUGUGAUUCCGAGAAAAUUGGUUCAGGUAGUCACACCAUCAACCACAACUGACGGAAAUAUUGGCCCUGAUGCUGUUCAUCUUCUUGCAAUAAAAGAGGGGAACACUGCGGUGGAGAAAGGUACUGUUGUGUAUGGGUUUGCUUUUGUGGAUUGUGCUGCUUUAAAAUUCUGGAUUGGUGCCAUCACUGAUGAUACUUCCUGUGCUGCUUUGGGGGCUUUGUUGAUGCAAGUGUCACCUAAAGAAGUUAUAUAUGAAAGUAGAGGGCUGUCAAAAGAAGCUCAAAAAGCUCUGAAAAAGUACUCAACAGGUUCUGCUGCAAUGCAAUUGACUGCAGUACAGUCAAUCAGUGAUUCUGUAGACGCUUCUGAAGUUAAAAAUUUAAUUCAGUUGAAAGGAUACUUCAAAGCGUCUUCUAAAUCAUGGAAUCAUGGACUUGACAGUGUGAUAGACCAUGAAAUCACCUUGUCUGCUCUUGGUGCACUUAUUGGCCAUCUAUCCAGGGUGAUGUUAGAUGAUGUUUUACGGAAUGGAGAUAUAUUUCCUUACCAAGUUUAUAGGGGUUGCCUCAAAAUGGAUGGACAAACUCUUGUAAAUCUGGAGAUUUUCAGUAAUAGUGCUGAUGGUGGUCCAUCAGGUACACUGUACACAUAUCUCGAUAACUGUGUGACAUCAUCCGGGAAGCGGCUUUUACGGAAGUGGCUCUGCCAUCCGUUGAAAUCUGUUGAGUCCAUUAAUAAUAGGCUUAAUGUAGUUGAAGAUCUACUGGCACAUUCAGAAAUGAUACCACUUAUUGCUCAAUAUCUUCGCAAGCUUCCAGACUUAGAAAGGGUGCUUGGACGGAUUAGGGCAAGUGUUCAGUCGUCAGCUUCUCUCCUACUGCCCUUGUUUGGCAAAAAAGUAUUGAAACAGAGAGUGAAAGCGUUUGGAACUCUUGUGAAAGGCCUCAGAUUUGGAAUGGAUUUGUUAAAGCUAUUACAGAACGAAGGGUAUAUCAUUGAACCACUAUCAAAAGUAUUUACAGUGCCAAUUCUAAGUGGCAGUGAUGGGCUUGAUCAAUAUCUUAGCCAAUUUGAAGCAGCUGUAGAUAGUGACUUCCCAAAUUACCAGAAUCACGACGCAACUGAUUCAGAUGCCGAAACACUCUCCAUUCUGAUUGAGCUAUUUCUUGAGAAAGCAACCGAAUGGUCUGAUGCCAUACAUGCCAUCAACUGUAUUGAUGUACUAAGAUCUUUUGCAGUUACUGCAAGUUUUCCAAGUGGGGCUAUGUCCAGACCUGUUAUUUUGCCUCAAUCAAAAAAUAUGACUUUGAAUGGAGAGAACAGAAGUCCCACACUUAAUAUUAAAGGACUAUGGCAUCCAUUUGCUCUUGGGGAAAAUGGAGGACUGCCUGUCCCAAAUGACAUAGUCCUAGGUGAGGAUACAGAUGGCUAUCAUCCACGCACUUUACUAUUGACUGGACCAAAUAUGGGUGGGAAAUCAACUCUUCUUCGCGCCACAUGUCUGGCUGUUAUACUAGCCCAGUUGGGCUGUUAUGUUCCCUGUGAGAUAUGUGUUCUCUCACUUGUGGAUAUCAUCUUCACACGGCUUGGUGCCACUGACCGUAUCAUGACUGGCGAGAGUACGUUCUUCGUAGAAUGCACAGAAACAGCAUCAGUUCUUCAACAUGCCACUCAAGAUUCCUUGGUUAUUCUUGAUGAACUGGGUCGCGGAACAAGCACCUUUGACGGAUAUGCCAUUGCAUACGCUGUAUUUCGCCAUCUUGUCGAAAAGAUUAACUGCAGAUUAUUGUUUGCAACUCACUAUCACCCGCUAACGAAGGAAUUUGCUUCUCACCCUCAUGUUACAUUGCAACACAUGGCCUGUGCUUUUAGGUCAAAAUCUGAAUGCCCUUCUAAAAGAGACCAAGAGCUGGUGUUUCUCUAUCGCCUUACCUCUGGGGCUUGUCCAGAGAGUUAUGGAUUGCAAGUAGCAAUAAUGGCCGGGAUCCCCGAGCAGGUGGUUGAAGCCGCUUCCAAGGCUGGCCAAGUGAUGAAAAAAUCAGUUGGACGAAGUUUUAAGACGAGCGAACAGCGAUCGGAGUUCUCAACUCUCCAUGAAGGCUGGCUGAAAACCCUUUUAACUGCCUCGCAGGCUGGUAAUUUUGACGACGAAGAUUGUUUUGAUGUAUUGUUUUGUAUGCAGCAUGAGCUUAAGAGCUCAUAUAGAUCAGGCAACUAACAGAAAGGCAUGAUGAGAUUGAUAGAUUGCAGUGUAAAAAUUUCUAGUUUUGACGUC